CUCAGGAUCUUUUUGAACAGAUGCGCCGCCCACGACAGCGGCGGCACGUCGGCGACUUGGGUGAACGAAUUUCUCGCCGCGCAGCAGACAGCUCCAUCGACGACCUCAACGACCGAUGGACAGUGAACACUUUGCGCUUCUGGAUCGUCAUGGCCGUCACAUCCCUCGGUUGCUUCGCCCUCGGCCUCGUUGGUUUUCUCCGAAGCAUCGAACCGAGUCCCAGCGCGGCAUCUUCGACGCAAACCAAACCCACCACUCGACUCUUAGCGAACCUGGAUGCUUUUCCCACGGCCGCGUUCCGGACCGACGUGCUGGCGACUGUGACUUCGUUUGAGGUCCCGUCGUCCCAGCAUGUCGUUCGCAUUGCCAUGCAUGACCUAGACGGAGCCAUGCUUCCGCCGUCGGUGCCACGACGUCCCGUUCCACCCGCCAUCUUCGACGCGAACGUCAUCUACGGCAUGUUUUCUGCUUCUCCAUACGACAUCCUUCGUCGCCAUUCUCGUUUGGACGAAGAUCGCCUCAACCGCAUGUACUCUGCAUUGCGACUUCUGGGCAGUCCGCUCCUCUUGAACAGCUCAUUUGAAGCGAUGGACCAAACGUGGACGGCACGUGGCUUUCUCGUGGCGUUUCCGUCGGACGCGCCGGACCUCGCCAUGGUGGAGCACCGAGUGGUUGUACUAGCAAGGACCAUGGAGCAGGCCCAUGUGUGGAAAUGGACGUCGCACGUGUGGGGCACGUCGGCGACCCGUCAUCGCAACGCGAUCCAAGAAGUCGUGCCCACGUUUGCGCAGCUCGAGUCCCUCCACGCGAAGCGUCCGUGCUAUGAUAUCUCGUGGCGAGAUGAAGCGGCGUAGCAAGCACGACAUGGAUUCGAACGAGCAUACCUUGACGAGGCCAUCGCCGUGCAAUAAAUAACAAGUAGACACAUCCAUCGACGGGGAAAGGGCGCGCGGGGUUUUACGUCGUUGGUACGCGAUGCGACGACGGGAAGGCUGCUUGAUCCCUGUCUUCGUCGUCAUCAGGUGCAUGAAUCACGGCCAACAUGGACGACGGACUCCGUCGCUUGGUGGAGUCUGCGCUGGACGAGGCCGACGAGAUGCUGGAAUCGGACGAUUUGCUUCGUGGACUCAUCGUGCCGUCGUCUUCAUACGCGAGAUAUAGUUUUGUCGCAGCAUCUGGCACCAACGACAGCUUGUCCAGGCUGUCGUGGAGCGAGUGUUGGGGUGACGACAUGUUGGAAUGGAUGGGACGCCACGAGCUUCGCGAUUCCAAGGCGCGCUCAAUAGCGACUGCCGGAUCGAUGGUCUUAACAACCCGUACGACCCCCGAGCAGAUUCGUUUAGGCUGCGGAACUGCGAACUCAGCACGCGGGUCUGGAUCGCGGCGACUUCGGCCACGCGGUGUUGCCAUGGCAAGUUGAGAAAUUCCUGUACAAAAUGUCAGGGGGUUCAACCUG